AUGCUCGAACCCGAAAUUGAACAAGACCCUAUACCCACCCUCAGACAGAGAUUGAAAACUUGGAUACAAGACCAAAUUGACUAUCGCAACAAGUUUGGUAACUCUCUGGAUGGUGUAUCGGACGAGCGCAUUUGGCAAGGUAUCGAUGCCAUAUGCGAAGAACUCCCUAUACUAGAACGAGAACAAGUAAGGCGAGCUGCAGAGGUUGCAAAAGAAGGAGAUUACUAUUACCGCUUAUCUAGGGGUUAUGUCAAUGGUGACGACUCUGUUGAGAAUCUUUCUCAAGAUGAGAAGGAUGGCAUUGUAGCAGAACGCGAACGACUUUUUAGUCAACGUGGUAUGCUGGUGACCAUACUUACUGUGUCUCUCGCCGCUUUCCUCCAGGGCCAUGUUCAGUCAUCCAUCAACGCCAUGAGCUUGUUUGUCGAAACUGUCGGUAUCGAUAUCAAGAAACAAGGCGAAGCUCGUGGCAAUGGGGCUAACACCACAGCGCAAUGGCAACUCGGAGCAAUGAAUGCUGUGCCAUUCUUUGUCGCGGCUUUCCCCGGUGUGCUGCUUUCGCUACCAUUGAACUACUGUCUGGGCCGUCGGGGAUCUCUGGCAUUAUCAGCACUUCUCAUCAUUGCGAGUUCAGUCGGGUCAGGUUUUGCCACAACUUGGCGGCAGAUCUUGGGUGCAAGGGUUGUCGGCGGAAUAGCCAUGGGCAUAAAAGCAGUCAGUGCACCUAUUCUCGCUUCUGAGACAGCUGUAGGAUACUGGAGAGGCUCUACUAUUCUCGCUUGGCAACUCUGGGUUGCUUGCGGUAUCAUGAUAGGCUUUGUCUUCAAUUUUGUCAUUUCCGCUGCUACGACUACUCUGGAUAGCUCACCUGAUAGUGGUCUUGACGAACACGGAAGCCGAUAUCACGCUCUACAAUGGAUUGCUGCUGCGCCCGCUAUCCCUGCACUGUUCCUCCUCGUCGCAGUGUGUUUCUGUUACGAGAGUCCCAGAUUUUACAUGCGACUCGGCACACCCAACUGUGAUCUCGAGCGCGCAUACAACAUUCUCAUCCAAGUCCGGCAAACACGACUUCAAGCUACUCGUGACCUGUUCUUAAUCUGGUGGUCUACUCGUGUUCGCCACAGCCUGCAAUGCACAAUGCCCGGUGUAGCUCCUCACCUAUCUGGGCGAGACGGAAAUAGCACUGCUAAUCAGAGAAGAACUGUCACGUCACUAGACUCAGGCUUGACUUAUUCCUCACUCGUUCGACUAGUCAUGAAGCUAUCUGCUGACCAAUUCAGGCCCUUGUUUAGAAGACGAAGACUUAAGAAUGCUCUGUGGAGUAGUUGUACUGUUGCCCUGGCUCAGCAGCUCUGCGGAAUCAAUAUUUUCGCGUUCUACUCGAACGGCAUGUUCAGCGAGUACGGAGUUAAGACAAGUAUGGGCUAUAGCCUUGGUUUUGGCGCUGUCAACUUCUUCUUCGCAUUGCCUGCAAUGAGAUCCAUUGACAUCAUCGGACGACGAAGCUGGCUUCUGUCAACUUUACCCUUCAUGAGUUUCUUCCUUAUGGCUGCAACAGUUGCCUACGCCUUGUCACCUCAACAAAACGAUGGAGAUCAGUCGCGGCCUGUGGCCAAUAACAGUGGUUCCAUCAGUGGUAUCAUCUUUAUAUAUCUGUUUGCGGCAGCAUAUUCCCCAGGUCUUGGGCCAAUUCCGUUUACUCUGGCAUCUGAAAGCUUUCCUUUAGAGAACAGAGAAGCGGGUGCCUCCGUCGCAAUAUCCAUUAAUCUCUUCUUCGCGGGGCUUCUAACCAUCCUCCUUCCUCGCAUAAAUGCACAUUUCAAGAUGUCCGGCACUCUAGGGUUUUUUGCUGGGCUCAAUAUCGUCGCUUUCAUACUCAUAUUCUUCUUUGUCGAGGAAACCAAGCAGCUGACUCUAGAACAGCUUGACCAAGUAUUUGACAAUCCUAAGAGUCGAUUCGCGCGUGACCGGCUUGUUGAUAGAUUGCCUUCUUGGGCCAGAAAGCCCUUGCUGGGGAGGGGAGAUGCCGAGCGGAUAGUUGGGGAUGAUGAGUGGGUGCUCGAGAAUACAUCUGGGGAUCACAGUGGCCAGGGGAGCUCCUGA